AUGCCGGGGGAGUGGGGGGGCCGCGGCCCGCUGUGUCUGCACCUGCGGGCUCCGCGCCUUUCUUCAAGGCUCAGCUGGGUGCUCGGCGGCGCAGGCCGAAUCAGGCUCUUCGCGCCCGCGGCACCGCCCGCCGCCGACCUCGGGCCGCGGCCGCCCGUGAGCCUCGACCCGCGCGUCUCCAUCUACAGCGCGCGCCGCCCGCUGCUCGCGCGCACCCACGUCCAGGGCCGCGUCUACAACUUCCUGGAGCGCCCCACCGGCUGGAAGUGCUUCGUCUACCACUUCGCGGUCUUCCUUAUCGUCCUGGUCUGUCUGAUCUUCAGCGUGCUGUCCACCAUUGAGCAGUAUGUCGCCCUGGCCACAGGGACCCUCUUCUGGAUGGAGAUUGUCCUGGUGGUGUUCUUUGGGACGGAGUACGUGGUCCGCCUCUGGUCAGCAGGCUGCCGCAGCAAGUAUGUGGGCAUCUGGGGGCGGCUGCGCUUUGCCCGGAAGCCCAUUUCCAUCAUCGACCUCAUCGUGGUCGUGGCCUCCAUGGUCGUCCUCUGCGUGGGCUCCAAAGGGCAGGUGUUCGCCACCUCGGCCAUCAGGGGUAUCCGCUUCCUUCAGAUCCUGCGGAUGCUGCACGUGGACCGCCAGGGGGGCACCUGGAGGCUGCUGGGCUCCGUGGUCUUCAUCCACCGCCAGGAGCUGAUCACCACCCUGUACAUUGGCUUCCUGGGCCUCAUCUUCUCGUCCUAUUUCGUGUACCUGGCCGAGAAGGACGCCGUGAACGAGUCGGGCCGCGUGGAGUUUGGCAGCUACGCGGAUGCCCUGUGGUGGGGGGUGGUCACAGUCACCACCAUCGGCUACGGGGACAAGGUGCCCCAGACGUGGGUCGGGAAGACCAUCGCCUCCUGUUUCUCCGUCUUCGCCAUCUCCUUCUUCGCGCUCCCGGCGGGGAUUCUUGGCUCCGGUUUCGCCCUGAAGGUCCAGCAGAAGCAGAGGCAGAAGCACUUUAAUCGGCAGAUCCCGGCAGCAGCCUCACUCAUUCAGACGGCGUGGAGGUGCUAUGCUGCCGAGAACCCCGACUCCUCCACCUGGAAAAUCUACGUGCGGAAGCCAACCCGGGGCCACACUCUGCUCUCCCCCAGCCCCAAGCCCAAGAAGUCUGUCAUGGUAAAGAAGAAGAAGUUCAAAAUGGACAAGGACAACGGCCUGAGUCCAGGAGAGAAGAUGCUCACAAUCCCCCACAUCACGUGUGAGCCCUUCUCGGAGGAGCGGAGGCUGGACCACUUCUGCAUGGACAGCUACGACAGCGCUGUGAAGAAGAGCCCAACACUCCUGGAAGUGAGCACAGCCCAUUUCAUGAGAACCAACAGCUUUGCCGAGGACCUGGACCUGGAAGGGGAGACGCUGCUGGCCCCCAUCACCCACGUGUCACAGCUGCGGGAGCACCAUCGGGCCACCAUCAAGGUCAUUCGGCGCAUGCAGUACUUUGUGGCCAAGAAGAGGUUUCAGCAAGCUCGGAAGCCCUACGACGUGCGGGACGUCAUCGAGCAGUACUCCCAAGGCCACCUCAACCUCAUGGUGCGCAUCAAAGAGCUACAGAGAAGGCUGGACCAGUCCAUCGGGAAGCCCUCCCUCUUCAUCUCCGUCUCAGAAAAGAGCAAGGACCGAGGCAGCAACACCAUAGGUGCCCGCCUGAACCGGGUGGAAGACAAGGUGACACAGCUGGACCAGAGGCUGCUGCUCAUCACCGACAUGCUUCACCAGCUUCUGUCCUUGCACCAGGGCGGCCCCCCGGCGGGCAGGGCCCCCAGCGGGGGCGGGACCCCAGUGGUCCAGCCCUGCCGCGGCUCCAUCAACCCCGAGCUCUUCCUGCCCGGCAACGCCCUGCCCACCUACGAACAGCUGACCGUGCCCCGCAGGGGCCCCGACGAGGGGUCCUGAUGGGGGCCUGGGGCCUGAGUGGGGAGGCCCAGAGGAGCCCCAUCGGCCUGCCCCACCUCCCACUCAGCAGGGGCACCCGUCAGGCCGCUGGCCGCCUCCUCAAACAGCUCCUCUCCCCCAGGCCCCGGACACCCCAGAGGCCAUGCUGCCCCACAAGCCCAGGCUCAGGGGUCCGCUGAGGCCGUCUCUUUCCAGCCAGGGGGUACUAGAACUUGGCUGGGUAUGGGAGCCCCCUCUCAGCUCUGAGACUCUGGCCCCCGACAUUGCUUGCAUGGUGGUUGGGACACAGUGGCAGGGGGUCAGGCUGGCACCCAGGGCUGGGCACCCUGGUACUUGGUCCGUGCCACAUGUGUCAGGAAGCAGGACAGGGGCAUGCAGUCCCCCCUGAGGGGAGACCAAGAGACAGGGGAGACCAACAGACAGCGUAGACAGGGCCUGUGGGGGCCACACCCCAGCCUGGAAGCCAAAGCUCAGGUGGACCCAGGGAGGAGACAGGAGGGCAGAGCAGGCCCAGCCCAUGCCAACAAAGGAUGCCCGUGAGCUCUGCUCAGAGGGCCCCAGGCCUGGGCCGUGACCCUCAGUCUCCAGUGAUGCUGACUCGAUGGGCCAGGGACUGUGAGGGAGCUUAUCCUGACGCCACAGCUUCAAGCAGGACGGACAGGCCCACUGUCCCCAGAGCCCUUCCCUGGGGGUAGAAUGUCCACCAGUGGAAUGGGGGUGGACAGGCCCCCCACUUUAGACUGGCAGCUUCUCCUACCCAUUCCAGAGAGAAGAAGGGGCCCUCCAGCCCCACUCACGUGCAGCCCCUGCCUCCAGCUCCCUGCCCAGUCCGAGCAGCUGGACAGACACACAGAACUGUCAGCCGCUGAGCCCUGGGGGAGCACAAGCAUGUCACAGUCCCCCCACAGGACGGGGGCUCCCCCUGGGUGUCACGUCUCAUAGAAAUCAGAAUAAUUUGUGGUGAUUUGGAAUCUGUUUUAAUGAGUUUCACGGUGUGAUUUUGAUUCUUUCUUGUGCUGGCUUUUCCCAAUAAAUGUGGGGUCAUGGG